CUCUCUCUCUCUCUCUCUCCUUCGCUCACCACUGACCAGUCAAGCUAGCACCAGAAGCGAACAUUCCCAUCCAUGGACGACGAGACCUCCGACGCCCGAAACGCCGCGAGGCUCCGCAUCCUCGAGCUCGCCAACAUGAUCACCGUCCCCAUGUCCCUCAACGCCGUCGUCCGCCUCGGCGUCCCCGACGCCCUCUGGCAGGGCGGCUCCAACGCCCCACUCUCCGCCUCCGAGAUCCUCGCCCGCUCCGGCAGCGGCGGCGGCGACGCCGAGAAUCUCCAGAGGCUUCUCCGCAUGCUUGCCAGCCACGGCGUCUUCGAGGAGCACGUCGGCUCCCCCUCCGGAUGCCCCGAGAGGAGGUACUCGCUCACCGAGGUCGGGAAGACCCUGGUCACCGACGCCGAGGGCCUGUCGCACGCCGCCAUUGUGCUCCAGCGCCACCAGGAGGCGCUGAUGAGGGCGUGGCCGCUGGUGCACGAGGCGGUGGUGGACCCGGCUGAGGCGCCCUUCAUGAAGGCCAACGGCGACACCGCCUAUGCCCACUACGGGAAGAACCCGGAGAUGAACGAGCUGAUGCAGCGGGCCAUGUCCGGGGUUUCCGUGCCGUUCAUGAAGGCGGCGCUGGACGGCUACGAUGGGUUCUCCGGGGUGGGGAGGCUGGUCGACGUUGGCGGGAGCGCGGGGGAUUGCCUCCGGAUGAUCAUGCGGAAGCACGCGCACGUCCGGGAAGGGAUCAACUUCGACUUGCCCGAGGUCGUGGCCAAAGCGCCUCCUAUUCCUGGGGUGACCCAUGUUGGUGGUGACAUGUUAAAGUCCGUCCCUGCUGGUGAUGCCAUUUUCAUGAGGUGGACAUUGGCAAUAUGGACGGACGACGAGUGCAAGCAGAUACUGGAGAACUGCUUCAAGGCACUCCCUGAGGGAGGGAAGCUGAUUGUCUGCGAGCCAGUGCUACCGAAGCACUCGGACGACAGCCACCGGACUCGCGCACUUCUCGAGGUCGACAUCUUGUCGAUGACCAUCUACAGUGCCAAGGGCAAGCACAGGACUGAACAGGAAUUCCAGCAGCUCGGGCUCUCUGCCGGCUUCCCUCAUUUCCGAGUAUUGUACGUUGACUAUUUCUUUGCUGUACUGGAGUUCCAGAAGUGAAAGAGUGUCUUGGAAGAGGGACUAAUGAUGAUGCUCUGCUGCAGACAAUGGCCACACAUUGUUUGUAUGAUAUGUGGUGCUACUGCCGU